UCGAUCCAAUCAGAGGGAUAAUUACUCUUAUUAAAACAUUAGAUUUUGAAGAAACCAAAGAAUAUAUUAUAACAAUGGCGGCAAAAUAUGUUGGAGGAUUAGUAACACAUUGUAAAGUGCAAAUAAGAAUGACAAUUACCCAGAGAUAACAGUGGUUUCCUUAUUUACCCUACUUCCUCAAAAUUCUAGGUCUGAAACUCUAAUCGCUCUUAUAAAUGUUAAAUAUAAAGAUGCUGGUGUAAUGGAAAGAUAACUUGUUAUUUACAAGAUGAUUUACCAUUCAUGAUACUUCCAUCAUCCAAUAAUUACUACACACUCCAGAAAAACAGACUCCUGAGUAGAGAAAAAGCAUCUCAGUAUAAUAUUAUAAUCAUAGCCACUGGCAAAGGAUCCCCUCCAUUGAGCACACACAAAACCUUCUUGCUGCAGAUCUCUGAUAUCAAUGACAAUGCCCGUUUUGAAAAAACUUCCUACAGCAUCUGUAUGCCAGAGAACAAUCCUUCUGGUACCUCCAUAUUCAGGAUAAAAGCCUAUGAUCUAGAUAUGCACCAGAACUCAUGGGUCACAUAUACAAUCCUCACCAGCAACACUGAAGAACUUCCCAUCUCCAUUCACUCUGAGACCAGCAUCAUCUAUGCCCAGUGAUCCUUUGACUAUGAGCAGUUCAGGGAAUUGCAGCUACAGGUGAAGGCCCAAGAUGGCGGGAGUCCCCCUCUCAGCAGCAAGGUCAUAGUCAGGGUGUUUAUCCUGGAUCGGAAUGACAAUAGCCCCCAGAUCUUGUCCCCUUCACCAGACUCUGAGGACUCUGCCCUCUUUGAGAUGGUCCCUCGUUCAGCCGAGGCAGAUUAUCUGGUAACAAAGGUGGUGGCUGUGGAUGCUGAUUCUGUACACAAUGCCUGGCUUUCCUGCCAGCUGAUUCAAGCCACAGAACCGGCCCUCUUCACUAUUGGCUCCCAUACUGGUGAGAAGAGGAUAGCAAGAACUUUUAUGGACAGGGAUGUGGUUAGACAGAAACUUGUAAUUACAGUGAAGGACAAUGGGCAGCCUCUCUCAGCCACCGUCACCCUGAACCUGGUGUUUGCUGACAAUUUCGAGGAAACCCUUCCAAAAAAGAAAAACCAGUUGAAUAAUUCAGAAUAUCAGUCUGACUUACAAUUUUAUUUGGCAUUGGCCUUAGUUUUGAUUUCGUUCUUAUUCCUCUUCACAGUGAUUCUGGCUCUUACGAUGAAACUCCAGCAGUCAGGGAAUCCUAGAUUCCUACAAUGUUUUGGUCCAGUCCCACAUACCAAGACAAUAUUUCCUUCAAAUUUUGAAGAAGGAACAUAGCCUUAUUCCUACCAACUUUGCCUUUCAUCUUAAUCCAGAAAGAAU